AUGUUCUCAAUGAAGGACCUGGGUCGCAUACAUUACUUUCUUGGCAUUGAGGCUACCUACGAUGGUCCAUCUCCUUAUCUUACUCAGAAAAAGUACAUUGUUGAUCUUCUGACUCGGACAAAAAUGCUUGAUGCCAAUCCAUGUGCUACACCAGCUGCUACUGGUCAAAAACUCAGUCUUCAUUCCGGCAAGAAACUCUCUGAUCCAACUGAGUAUAGAAGUGUUGUUGGCGCCCUACAAUAUCUCACCCUUACACGCCCAGACAUUUCUUAUUCUGUCAACCAAGUUUGCAAGUUUAUGCAUUCUCCCACCACCAUACAUUGGAUAGCUGUUAAACCCAUUUUGCGCUAUUUAAAGUUCUCUCUUAAUCAUGGCCUCAAGUACCAGCCUAGCUCUCUCUUCAUAAGUGCAUAUUUCGAUGCGGAUUAUGCAGGUGAUCCUGACAAUCGUCAAUCCACAGGAGGCUACUGUGUGUAUCUCGGGCCUAACUUGAUUUCAUGGAGCUACAAAACCCAUCGUACUGUGUCUCGUUCCUGUGCUGAAGCAGAAUACCGCCAACUUGCUUUUACUGCAGCUGAGAUUUCGUGGUUAAGGUCCAUGUUUUGUGAUCUCAGCCUCUUCUUGCAAUGUCCACGGAUUUGGUGUGAUUACCUAUCAGCUAUUGCCAUUGCGUCAAAUCCGGUUUUUCAUGCUAGAACAAAGCAUGUGGAGGUUGAUUAUCAUUAUUUCAGAGAGAAAGUAGUUAACAAAGAGCUGGAAGUUCGGUUUGUCUCUACUACUAAUUAG